ACGACACGGCUCAGCCACUGACAGUAGCGGUGAGAGCAGCGUCAGGAGGGUCGCUCAGGGGGUUAAUACAUCAGUUUUAAAUUCUGCUUUGUUAAAAUAGAAUGGCAGUGUUAAAUUACCUCAGAACUGCUUUGAUACAUCAUAAGCACACGCUCAUGAUGGAGGUUUUGAAGGGUCAUGGACUUAGAUAUGCAUCAUUACUACACCAAGAGGCAUACAUUGGAGGUAAAUGGGUGUCUGCAGCGAGUGGCAAGCUGUUUCCCGUCACUAAUCCAGCCAAUAGCAAGGUGAUUGCCAGUGUGCCUGACAUGGAGGUAACAGACACUGAGGCAGCUAUUAACUCUGCUUAUGAAGCAUUUCAGACUUGGCAAACAACUACUGCAAGGGAGCGCUCACUUCUCCUCCGAAAUUGGUACAACUUAAUGGAACAACACAAAGAGGACCUGGCAUUAAUUGUGACUGCUGAGGCCGGUAAGCCAUUGUCUGAGUCUCGAGGAGAAAUUGGAUAUGGAAGUUCUUUUCUGGAAUGGUUUUCUGAAGAGGCCAAGAGAAUAUAUGGUGAGGUGGCACAGAGUCCUGCAUCUAGCAAAGAGUUAUUCUUUCUUCGUCAACCCAUAGGAGUUGCAUCAAUGAUUACUCCAUGGAAUUUCCCAAAUGCCAUGAUCACUCGUAAGGCUGGAGCUGCCUUGGCUGCUGGAUGUACGUGUGUUAUAAAGCCAGCUGAAGACACACCACUGUCUGCACUUGCUGCUGUAGAUCUGGCAGAAAAGGCAGGCUUUCCACCAGGUGUGAUAAAUGUUGUUACUACAUCGCGAGCCAACACCCCAGCUGUUGGGAAACUUAUGUGCACUAGCCCAAAGGUUGCAGGCAUCUCCUUCACCGGUUCCACUGCAAUAGGACGAGUUUUGUAUGAACAGUGUGCAAGUGGAAUUAAAAGAAUUGGGCUUGAACUGGGAGGCAAUGCACCAUUUAUUGUCUUCAGUUCUGCAGAUGUUAAAUCUGCAGUGGAAGGCCUUAUGGUUGCAAAGUUUAGAAAUUCAGGACAAGCGUGUAUCAGUGCUAAUAGAAUAUUGGUCCAAGAAGAAAUAUACGAUAAAUUUUCAGAAGCUCUGGAAGAAGCUGUAAGAAAAAGACUGACAGUUGGUGAUGGCUUUAAUAAGGAAGUCAACAUAGGCCCACUCAUAAACAUCAAUCAGCUGAAAAGGGUUGAAAGGAUUGUGAAUGAAUCUGUAGCUGCUGGUGCAGGAGUAGUACUUGGUGGAAAGUGCCAUGACAUGGGAGACCUUUUCUUCCAACCAACAAUCCUUUGUAAUGUAACUGAAGAUAUGGCAUGCUUCCAAGAAGAGAUAUUUGGUCCUGUCAUUGCCCUAAAAAAAUUCAAAUGUGAAGAAGAGGCUGUUAACAUUGCAAAUGCAUCCAAGUUUGGCCUGGCCUGUUACUUCUAUAGUCAAGAUGUAUCACAGGUAUGGAGGGUGGCUCGUAGAUUGGAGUCAGGAAUGAUUGGCAUCAAUGAGGGUCUCAUCUCUACUGCAGAAGGAGCAUUUGGAGGUGUCAAGCAGUCAGGCAUUGGAAGAGAAGGAUCAAGGCAUGGUAUUGAUGAUUACACCUAUUUAAAAUACAUAUGCUUAGGAGGCAUAAAUUAAGUUGUCAUUUAAGCUUGAACAUAUCAAGAGGCUUUAUUUUAUUUUAUUUUAUUAUUUAUAUUUUUAUUUUUAUUUUUAUUUUAUUUUUUUUUAUUUUCAUAAGAUAAUCUUUAUUGAAAUGAUUGCAAAGAGUUCGAAAGAGUAAGUACAAAGUCCAUGUAGGAAUUAACACCUGAGAAGAAUGAGUACAGUAAUCUUUAACAAUGUGAUCACUGAAAAUUCCGAUUACAGAAAUUUUUUUCUAAUCUAGACAUAUUUGGGGGAAGGCCUGUAUGGUUAUACGCAUAAAGCGAGGGUCCGUGUACUGUAAAACAAAAAAUAUAAAAUUAAAAUACGUUAAAUAUAAAAAAAAA